CUUCCGGUGUCAUUAAGUGUCUCCAGCUGGUUUGACGCAGCUGAGAGAAGUCAGCCUGCUGCCAGUGCGAGCUCCAGCUGUUUCCACCGCUGUCCGCCCCGCUGUUUCCCCGCCGCUUGCCCUCAUUUCUAAUGCUGCAGCGACCAUGACAGGCAUCGCCGCUGCUUCCUUCUUUUCCAACGCUUGCAGGUUCGGGGGCUGCGGACUUCACUUCGACUCGCUGUCCGAGCUCAUCGUCCACAUCGAGGAUAACCACAUCGAUACAGACCCAUGUCUCCUGGAGAAGCAGGAGCAGCAGCAGCCAACAUAUGUUGCUCUUAGCUAUAUCAACAGGUUCAUGACAGAUGCUGCAAGGCGAGAACACGAGGCCCUGAAGAAGAAGGUGCAGCCCAAGUUGUCUCUGUCUCUUACAGGCAAUCUGUCACGUAGCAAUGUUUCCACACCACCCCGCCACACCAGUGGAAACCUCACCCCUCCAGUCACCCCACCCAUCACCCCUUCUUCUUCUUUCCGUAGCAGCACACCUACAGGAAGUGAGUGUGAUGAAGAGGAUGUAGAGUUUGAGGAGUCUGACAGUGAUGAGUCAUGGACCACAGAAAGCGCCAUCAGCUCCGAGUCCAUCCUCAGUUCCAUGUACAUGAACGGAGGAGAUGAAAAGCCUUUUGCAUGCCCAGUUCCAGGAUGUAAAAAGAGAUAUAAGAAUGUAAACGGAAUUAAGUAUCAUGCCAAGAACGGCCACCGAACUCAGAUAAGGGUGCGCAAACCCUUUAAGUGUCGUUGUGGGAAGAGCUACAAAACAUCUCAGGGUCUCCGCCACCACACAAUCAACUUCCACCCACCCAUCUCUACUGACAUGAUCCGCAAGUUGCAGCAGUAGAGCCUGAGUGAGGUACCAGCACUUGCCUUCAGGCUAUGUCAGCAACCAUCAACAGACCACUAUCACCAGCAGCAGCUGUCUCCCCCUUUUCUUCCCCUCUCGUUGUAUUUUACUACACUACACACUAUUGCAUGGUAUAAACAUAUUAUUGUUCUUUCAUAUCUUUUAUUCAGAAUGUUGAAUCUUUAUUUUGUUCACAUUUUUGCAUUUUGCACAUUUAAACUAUCAUUUAUUUAUUUAGCAUUUGACAGAUGGUGAAGGCAUGUGUUAGCCCAGGUCACAAGUAGCCUUACAUGUACUGCUGGGCAUUCUGGUUUAAAGGGAAGGAGAGAAAAGAUUGGGAUAAUUGUUGAGAAAGGAAGCAAUCAUACCAUGCAUUUGUCACAUUGAAGAGUUUCUUUUUUUACGAUAAAAUGUGACUGAGACAAAUUCAGUGUUUUAUAUAAUGUUUUAUAGCAUGAAAUCCAGCAUAAAAGCAUUAUUUGGCAAUCUCUAAUAGGCUUAAUGUUACUGAUCAUUUGUUGGACUUAUUGUAGUUACUGUUCCUUUCAUAUCACAAGAAUUCAAAACAUUUUUGAUAAGUUUUACUUUAAACAUGUGUGUGAGCACCAAAAGAAUGUUCUCAGGUGAUUUUUUUUUUUUUCUUUGCUAACAUUUCAGCAUCAUAAUCCUGCCCAAGUGUUCUGAUAGUAUUUAAGCUGUCAUUGUUCCUCAUGUUCCUGACAGCUUCCCUGAAGACGUAAGCAGUUUUCCAUGCUUAUUUACAGUAAGGGAUUGAAGCACUUUUAUAAAAGUUGCCAAAUAAAUUAGCAUUUUUACCAACA